AUGGUGCCAAGCGGAGGCAACUACGGCUGGUGCGCCCUCGCCACACAUGAGCGUCAACACGUCAACUUGACUCAUCUCCCCCCACGAUCUUCCUUCCUCACUCUCUUCCAUUCACUGCAUCCUCCCUUCACCAUGCGCAAGCCUCGCAGCCUCUACUACCCGCACAUCGUCGACACCAUCUUCGACCAUGCGCCCCUCGCCUCCCUUCUCGUCAUGCGGUGUGCCAACAAGGUAUGGCGCGAAAAGGCCGACCGCCGCAUCGCCUACCAUCUCGUUGUUAAGGGCGAUUCCACCCCGUUCGAGGUCCAUGCUGGUCUGGUUGGCGAGCGCCUUAUGACCGUCACAGAGGAGAACAUGGCCCGGGCUAAAGAGAUCCAGCCUUCUUGGGCCAAGUUCGUGCGUGUUAUCGACAUCGGCGCAACAUCUUGUCACAAAGAGGUCUGCCGUCUCCUCAGCGCCUGGAAGGUCGACGAAAGCUACGAGACGAUUCGCUAUGUCGACGGUCCCCCUGUGUUCGACAAGUAUUCCAAGCUCAACAAGCAGCCUAAGCGAGUCGUCUUCCUCCGCUCCUACACAGUCACCGGUCACUUUGAGGAAGACAACCACAAGACUAUGGACCGCUUGAUCUACUCUGAGCGCUUCAUCGGCAAGCCCGGUAGGAGCGGGGGCUCUGUCAUCCUGCACCAAGAUCAGCCCGCCGCUUAUGUGCCCGAGAGCCCCUUCGAACAUCACUCGCUUAUCACUCCCUGCUUUAGAUCUUAUCCCCUGGUGGUGAUCCUGCAUGGAUGGAGAGAGCCGGUCACCGGCCCCGAAGCGGUGGCAGGCGACAUCGAGUUGGCGUUCCAGGGCAACCUUGGACACGUAUUCAAGAUUAUCAAGCAGAACGUCCGAAGCAGAGUGCCUAAGCUGACGAUUGGCAGGGAUCUUGAUGGUGACCCGGUCACAAUUGUGGGCAUGGAGACUCUUUCGCCGAGCUCAGUGGGACUGAAGGAGGAGGAUCUGGACGGAAAGACCUUGCAACAGGUCCUCUGCGACCUGCUCCAGAAGGAGUGGGACGAAUUGAUGGGUUAUGGCGCCUCCGAGGAAGAGGACAGCAACAGGGACAGUGAAAGCGACGGCACCGAUGAGGACGAGAACAGUACUGUCAACUCCUACCUCUUGAUCCGCAAGGCGAUGCGCAAACAUCGUCCUCCUCUCCAGAUCGCCUUCAAGACGCUUGAAGAGUGGCGAGCCACCCGUAACUUGUCCGACUACGAGAUCGAAACGUCCCCCGUCCUCUCGGUCCGCAGGAACUACUGGUCUCUUCGCAAGCCGGUCGUCGAUCGGCCCCCUCCUCGUCGCCGUCACUCCAUCGAUGGCGAGCCCAGCUCCCGCAAGCCGGCACGAAACAUGUUCCUCUCUCCCCUGCCUCCUGAUGUUAGACGGCGCCUGCUCGAGAACUUCAAUCUGCUUCUUGAUGCCGCUUGCUAUCCACACAUCAUCGAUGUCAUCUUCGCCCAAUCCUCCCUCUCUUCCCUCCUCGUGCUGCGCCGUGUGAGCAAAUCCUUCCGCACACUGGCCGAUCAGCGCAUCGCCUUCCACCUCAUUCUGCGUGGCAACAAGCUGCCCAUUGAAAUCCACUCGGGCUUGCUAGGCCAUCGUAUUGCAACGAUCGAUCUGAACAACUUCGGCCUCGCGGUUCGGGACCGUUUCCCGUGGGCCGGCACGGCCAGCGUCCUCGAUAUCGAUGCAACGGGAGACUUGAAGGAGCUUUCACUGUUGCUCCUGGCCUGGGACUUGAAAGAGCUCAAGAUCCUGAGGGUGGUCAAAGGUGCCCCGAACUACCUUCAUGAAAAUCUAGGCUUGCCAAAAUCAGAGAGGGCGGUGUACUUCUCGGCCGACUUUAAGAUCAGCCCCGACCCACUCACUUUCCUCCGCCACUCGCUCUUCUUUUCCAGCACGGUCGUUAUCAACAAGACAGCCCCCACCAGGGUGGCGACAGCACCUCGUCGGUACGAGCUGAGCCCCUUUUGCUGGGCUAGCUACAUUGUCGUUAUCAUCAAGAAGUGGGAGACGCCAAUCACGCCUCCGGACAAGGUCAAGGGCAGUCUUCGCGCCGCGCUUGAAGGCAACAUGGGCGAGACGUUCCACAUUCUGUCCGCGGCCACCAAGAGUUUCAUGCCCUCCGUGUUAGUAGUUGGACUCGAGACACUCUCUCCCGGCGCAAUGGGAUUGCACGCGCACGAGCUUCGCGGGAAGAGCCUGCAGGACGGCCUGCGCUCCAUCCUGAAGGAGGAGUGGGAGAAGGAACGCAAAGCCGAGUGGGACGGGCUCAAGCGAUUCCGCACGCAGGCAGGGCUGGCGGCUCCUGACAGAAGUCUCCUCGAGUCAAAGAAGUUCCGGUUCAAAACACUCACUGUUGAAGAGUAUAGGCGAGCGAUUGGGGAGGGCGAGUGGGAGAUUGAGACGAGCGAGGAGGUGCGCUUCGUGAAUAGAAGCGAGGGGAGGAGGCUGCAUGACCGCUUCUUCCCCAAUGCCAACACUCUCUUCUGA